CUCUAAUAUUUCAGACAAGAGCUCCCUUUAGUGAGUCCUUCUUUUCCUGACUGCAGCUCUUUUCAUUUUGCCAUCCUUUUCCAGCUCCAUGAUGGUUCUGCAGGUUUCUGGGACCCCCCAGACAGUGGGUCUGAUGGCGUUACUGAUGGUGCUGCUCACAUCUGUGGUCCAGGGCAGGGCCACUCCAGAGAAUUACCUGUACCACGUACGGCAGGAAUGCUACGCGUUUAAUGGGACACAGCGCUUCCUGGAGAGAUAUAUCUACAACCGGGAGGAGCACGUGCGCUUCGACAGCGACGUGGGGGAGUACCGGGCGGUGACGGAGCUGGGGCGGCCUGCUGCGGAAUACUGGAACAGCCAGAAGGACAUCCUGGAGGAGAGGCGGGCAGCGGUGGACACGUUGUGCAGACACAACUACGAGCUGGACGAGGCCGUGACCCUGCAGCGCCGAGUCCAGCCGAGGGUGAACAUCGCCCCCUCCAAGAAGGGUCCCUUACAGCACCACAACCUGCUCGUCUGCCAUGUGACAGAUUUCUACCCAGGCAGCAUUCAAGUCCGAUGGUUCCUGAAUGGACAGGAGGAAACAGCUGGGGUCGUGUCCACCAACCUGAUCCGUAAUGGAGACUGGACAUUCCAGAUCCUACUGAUGCUGGAAAUGACCCCCCAGCAGGGAGACGUCUACACCUGCCAAGUGGAGCACCCCAGCCUGGACAGUCCUGUCACUGUGGAGUGGAAGGCACAGUCUGAUUCUGCCCGGAGUAAGACGCUGACGGGAGCCGGGGGCUUCGUGCUGGGGCUCAUCACCUGUGGAGUGGGCAUCUUCAUGCACAGGAGAAGCAAGAAAGUUCAACGAGGAUCUGUAUAAACAGGGUUCCUGACCUCACCAAAAAGACUAAUGUGCCUUAGAACAAGCAUUUGCUGUUUCAUUAGUACCUGGUUCCAGGACAGACCUCCAGCUUCCCAAGAGGAUACUGCUGCCAAGAAGUUGCUCUGAAGUCAGUUUCUAUCGUUUUGCUCUUUGAUCCAAAGUACUGUUUCUCUCACUGGGCCUCCAACCAUGUUCCUUUCUUCUUAGCACCACAAAUAAUCAAAAUCCAACAUGAGUGUUUGUUUUCCUUUAAAAAUAUGCACCAAAUCAUCUCUCGUCACUUUUCUCUGAGGGUUUUAGUAAACAGUAGAAGUUAACAAAGAAGUUCAUUUUGGUUUACAU